AAAAAUGCACCCUCUUCUUGAAAAUGCUAAUAGUAUUGGUAAUGCAAUGACUUCAACUGAUCAAUCAAGCACUGAUUUGCUCGACUUCCUUUUUGGAGGUUAUGAUAAAAGAAUUCGCCCCUUCUCGGAUCAACAACGCCCUGUAAUUAUUGAAAUGACUAUUGUGUUGGCAAUACUUACAGAAUUGAAAUGGAAGGAUCCUCGUCUUAUUUGGGAUCCGAAAUUGUUUUCUGGCCUAAAACAAAUUGUAGUACCCCACUCAACUGUAUGGCUACCUAAAAUGUUUAUUUACAAUUCUAUGGACAACAAGGAAAUGCUUACAGAAAAUCGUUUUGAUAUCAGAAUUAGUAGUGAUGGGCAUAUAAAGGCUAAUAUUCCUCAUUAUUUAUUCCCAUUUGACACACAAUUCUGUGCCAUAGCACAAGCAUCACCAUUGCUUAGCAUACAAGAAAUGGAUGUUAAUACAACAAAGCCUCCAAAAGACUCCUAUUUUUCUGGUAAUGCAGAAUGGGAAUUAUUAAAUGUUACUGUGAGAGCAACAAAAUUUAUGGAGGACGGAGAAGAACGUGUUGAAGUAUGUUAA